GGAAAAGUAGAAACAAAAUUCUUCUGCUUCUUCACGUGUUUACGACAAGACGACAGUUGAAGCAGUUCCCAAGAUAAUUUUAGACAAUUAAGCGGGAAAAAUGGCUUCACUCAGAAAUGCUUUCAAAACAAAUAAAGCCCACAGGGAAAGACAUCAGCCUGAAGCCCGAGCUCACUUGGGUGUCUUGGAGAAAAAGAAAGACUAUCGCGAAAGGGCCAAGGACUUUAACAACAAGAAAGCAGCGUUGAAGGGACUCCACAGACGGGUACUGGACAAGAAUCCCGAUGAGUUCUACUUUCACAUGAUCAGGUCCCGCAUGGAGGAUGGUGAGCACAUUGACACACCAAAGGAAGAAGAAUGCACUCCAGAGCAACUCAAGUUGAUGCAGACUCAGGACCUGAAAUACAUUUCACACAAACGUCUGGUAGAGUCCAGAAAGAUUGACAAGCUUCAGUCCCAGCUUCACCUCAUUGAUGCAGAAAAAUCAAACAAUCACGUGUUUUUCGUUGACACAAAAGAAGAAGCUAAAAAUCUUGACGUCGCCGAGAGACUUCAAACACACCCAUCUCUUCUUUCGAGAAAAUCCAAUCGUCCAAAGCUUGAAGACUUGAAAAAGAUGGAUCUCAGCAAAAUGUUGACCAAUGAAACAGCUGAGAAUGUGGCUGAGGAGCGAAUGAAAUCUUACCGUCAACUCGAGAAGAGAAUUGCCCGUGAGAAGCAACUGAUGGUUGCCCAGCAGAAAAUGGAACUCAAGAAAAUGCUUAGAGGAAAAAGCGAUACGAAGCCAGUUCGAGUAACACCUGGGACAAAGAGCACAGCGCCGAUUUACAAGUGGAAAGCUGAACGAAAACGAUGAAUUCGGGGUACUUUGACACGGUUUUUUAAGGAUGUAAUUCUGACUGCUCUUUGGCUCUUUGAUACAAUUCAACCAGGUCCAAAGCA